CCGGGGGAGACGGAGCGGAGGGCCGGAGCGGGAGGAGGCCGCGCUCCCUCAGCCGGGCCGCGCACGGAGCUUCUCGCUCGCUCGUCCGGCCCGCCCGCCCGUCCGCGCUCGCGCUCAGGGGGCCCCCGAACCGAGGGGCCCGGCCGGCGGCUGAGGCUUGUCUUCGUGGUUUCCAGUUGCCAUGAGGAAGCCUCGCCGAAAGUCACGGCAGAAUGCCGAGGGCCGGAGAUCACCGUCCCCAUACAGUCUUAAGUGCUCACCCACACGAGAGACCCUGACUUACGCCCAAGCCCAGAGGAUUGUUGAGGUCGACAUCGAUGGCCGCCUACAUCGGAUCAGCAUUUAUGACCCGCUUAAGAUCAUCACUGAAGAUGAGCUGACUGCUCAGGACAUCACCGAAUGCAAUAGCAACAAGGAAAACAGUGAGCAGCCCCAAUUCCCUGCCAAGUCCAAGAAACCCUCAUCAAAGGGCAAGAAGAAGGAGUCGUGUUCCAAGCAUGUGUCCGGUACCUCCUUCCACCUCCCCCAGCCCAGCUUUCGUGUGGUGGACACGGGUAGCCAGCCAGAAGCACCCCCAUUGCCUGCUGCUUACUACCGAUACAUUGAGAAGCCUCCGGAAGACCUGGAUGCGGAGGUGGAGUACGACAUGGACGAGGAGGACAUUGCCUGGCUAGACAUGGUCAACGAGAAGCGCCGUGCAGACGGACACAGCUCGGUGUCGGCAGACACCUUCGAGCUGCUGGUGGACCGGCUUGAGAAGGAAUCCUACCUGGAGAGCCGCAGCAGUGGGGCCCAGCAGUCCCUAAUUGACGAAGAUGCCUUCUGCUGCGUGUGCCUGGACGAUGAGUGCCACAAUAGCAAUGUCAUCCUGUUCUGCGACAUCUGUAACUUAGCCGUGCACCAGGAGUGCUACGGCGUUCCCUAUAUCCCAGAGGGCCAGUGGCUAUGUCGCUGCUGCCUGCAGUCUCCCUCUCGUCCAGUGGAUUGCGUCCUAUGCCCCAAUAAAGGUGGAGCCUUCAAACAGACCAGUGAUGGCCACUGGGCCCACGUAGUCUGCGCCAUCUGGAUCCCUGAGGUCUGCUUCGCUAAUACCGUGUUCCUGGAGCCUAUUGAAGGCAUCGACAACAUUCCACCCGCCCGCUGGAAGCUAACCUGCUAUAUCUGCAAGCAGAAAGGGCUGGGCGCGGCCAUCCAGUGCCAUAAAGUGAACUGCUACACCGCUUUCCACGUGACAUGCGCGCAGCGGGCUGGGCUCUUCAUGAAGAUUGAACCCAUGAGAGAAACCAGCCUCAACGGCACCACCUUUACUGUUCGCAAGACCGCGUAUUGUGAGGCCCACUCUCCAAGCGUGGCUGUUGCCAGGAGAAAGGGCGACUCCCCAAGGAGCCUCAGUGAAGUUGGGGAUGAGGAUGGGCCGAAAGAGGGUGGAGGGGAGGAGGAGCAGGAAGAAGCUGAGGAGGAGGGCCAGGAAGGGCAAGGUGGUGUAGGCAGCCCCCUCAAGGGGGUGUCCAAGAAGAGUAAGAUGAGCUUGAAGCAGAAGAUCAAGAAGGAGCCAGAGGAAGCUGGCCGAGAGGCACCCUCCAUCACUGUCCCCAUGGUCACUGUCCCACAGAUACCCUCUUACAGGUUGAACAAGAUCUGUAGUGGUCUCUCCUUUCAGAGGAAAAACCAGUUCAUGCAGCGGCUUCACAACUACUGGCUACUGAAGCGGCAGGCUCGGAACGGCGUCCCCCUCAUCAGGCGCCUGCACUCCCACUUACAGUCCCAGAGAAAUGCUGAGCAGCGGGAGCAGGACGAGAAGACAAGUGCGGUGAAGGAAGAGCUCAAAUACUGGCAGAAACUUCGCCAUGACCUGGAGCGAGCACGGCUGCUGAUCGAGCUCAUCCGCAAAAGGGAGAAGCUCAAGCGGGAGCAGGUCAAAGUACAGCAGGCCGCCAUGGAGCUGGAGCUGAUGCCCUUCACUGUCCUGUUGAGGACAACUCUGGACUUGCUGCAGGAGAAGGACUCUGCACACAUCUUUGCUGACCCUGUCAGUCUGAGUGAGGUUCCAGAUUACCUGGAAUUCAUAUCCAAGCCAAUGGAUUUUUCUACUAUGAGGCGGAAGCUGGAAUCUCACCUAUACCACACCCUGGAGGAGUUUGAGGAGGACUUUAACCUUAUAGUUACCAACUGCAUGAAGUAUAAUGCUAAAGACACAAUUUUCCACCGAGCAGCUGUCCGCCUGCGGGACCUGGGAGGGGCCAUCCUGCGGCAUGCCCGGCGGCAGGCAGAGAACAUCGGCUAUGAUCCUGAGAGGGGCACCCACUUGCCCGAGUCACCCAGAUUGGAAGACUUUUACCGAUUCUCCUGGGAGGAUGUGGACAACAUUCUUAUCCCAGAGAACCGGGCCCAUCUGUCCCCAGAGGCACAGCUGAAGGAACUGCUGGAGAAACUGGAUCUGGUGAGCACCAUGCGGUCCAGCGGGGCCCGCACCCGUCGUGUCCGCAUGCUGCGCAGGGAGAUCAAUGCCCUUCGACAAAAGCUAGCACAGCCACCACCACCACAGCUCCUAUCACUGAACAAGACUGUGCCCAACGGGGAGCUGCCAGCAGGAUCUGCUGUCCCGGAGCAGUCCCAGCAGGAGGAGCCAGAAGAGGAAGGGGACAGAGAUGAUUCCAAAUUGCCUGCCCCACCAACCCUGGAGCCUACCGGGCCUGCGCCUUCCUUGUCAGAGCAGGAAUCCCCUCCAGAUCCCCCAACCCUGAAACCCAUCAGCGACAGCAAACCUUCGAGCCGGUUCCUAAAGUCCCGGAAGGUGGAGGAUGAGGAGCUCUUAGAAAAAUCAGCCCUGCAGCUGGAGAGUGAGCCCUUGCAAUGCUUGCUUAGUGACAAUGGUAUUGACAGACUGUCCCUCACAAACCCCGACAGCCGUCCUGGCACCCCUCUCGGCACCGUGGGCCGCCGAACCUCUGUCCUCUUCAAGAAGGCCAAGAAUGGAGUUAAGCUACAGAGGGGUCCCGAUGGGACCCUGGAGAAUGGCGAGGACCACGGCCCAGGGGACGAUCCUGCUUCUCCAGCCAGCACAGAGGAUGAACACUAUUCCCGGAAGCGGCCAAGGAGCCGGAGCUGUAGUGACAGUGAAGGGGAAAGGUCCCCUCAGCAGGAGGAAGAGACAGGCGUGACUAACGGCUUUGGAAAACACACGGAAAGCGGGUCUGACUCGGAAUGUAGUUUGGGUCUCAGUGGAGGACUGGCGUUUGAAGCUGGCAGUGGCCUGACGCCUCCCAAACGCAGCCGUGGGAAGCCAGCCCUGUCUCGUGUGCCCUUCCUGGAAGGUGUGAAUGGAGACUCUGACCACAGUGGCUCAGGCAGAAGCCUCCUGAUGCCCUUUGAAGACCACGGAGACCUGGAGCCCCUGGAGCUGGUGUGGGCCAAGUGCCGAGGCUAUCCCUCCUACCCCGCCUUGAUCAUCGAUCCCAAGAUGCCCCGGGAGGGCCUCCUGCACAAUGGUGUCCCCAUCCCUGUCCCUCCGCUGGACGUGCUGAAGCUGGGCGAGCAGAAGCAGGCAGAGGCUGGAGAGAGGCUCUUUCUUGUCCUCUUCUUUGACAACAAGAGGACCUGGCAGUGGCUUCCAAGGGACAAAGUCCUGCCCCUGGGUGUGGAGGACACCGUGGACAAGCUCAAGAUGCUAGAAGGCCGCAAGACCAGCAUCCGGAAGUCAGUGCAAGUGGCCUAUGACCGCGCCAUGAUCCACCUGAGCCGAGUGCGCGGCCCCCACGCCUUCGUCACUUCCAGCUACCUGUGAGCGCGGGGCUGGGCCUGUGUCUGCCUCCUUCGCCUCUCCUCUGUCCCUGAGGCAUGCAAACCUCUUGUGCCCCUGCCACGUGUAUGGCCCCUGCCACGUGUAUGGACUGGGUCUCCGAGGGCAAGGCCCAAUAUUGACCAAUCAUGUGGUUCCCUUGGAGGGUUGCUGUGUGCCAAAAAACCUCCCAACCAAGGUCCUGGGGUUACUCCACUGAUGAACCACUUAGAAGGAAACAGCUGAGAGUGUUAGUCAGCCAGGGAGAUAGACCUGGCCCCCAACCAAGAGGGCCUAGGCUGCUUUUCUGGGGCCAGCCAGCUCUCUGCACGCCUCUCCCACCUAACCAUACCUCAGGGCAGGCGAGGUUCUGACACUCAUCCCAGAGAUGUGCCAGGGUCCCUCGGGAACCCUCUGAGCUUCCCACCCCCCACACCGCCCGUGCUCGCACCCCGUCUCAUCUCCCACACCCAGCCCAGGCUCUCCCUUCCCUCAUUGCUCUCUGCUCUCCCUUGUGCCAAACUGACAGCAACAUCACCAAAUUGAUCUUUUUCUUUGAUGUCCCAUUUCCUUCCUGGCCAGCUGCUACAUUAGAUGGAUGUCUGCCAGGCGCUUGAGCCCCAGGUACAAGCUACCCCACCUGUAAGGACCCGCCCACUCACAGCCCUCCAGCAGGCAUGCUGCUGCCCCUCCUCCCCCGUGGGCUUCUCCUGCAGCAGCCUUAAGCCUGGCUGCAGCAGCCUGGUCACCGUAGGCGCAGGCGCAGGAGGGCGCAUGGCACUGCCCUCUGGCACCUUCCCUCUGGGUUUGCUGCUCCAGCCUUCCAGAGCAGGGCUCUUUUCUUUCAUUCCCUGCCUUCACCCUCUUCUCCACCUUCACCUCCUCAAUCCCCGCCCUCAAAAAGGAAGGAAAAAAAAAAACCAAACUGUGAAUGAGGAAAGCUGACUGACAAGCCACCUUGCAGCUCUCAGAGGCUUCUGCUCCUGACAUUUCUUUUCACCUCUUUAAGCACCAAAGCCAAGGCAGGUUUGCAGACCGCCGAUUGCCAUGUUGAUUUCUACCUUGAUGUUAUUUUUAAUUGUUUUCAUUUUUUUCAUAGGGGAGUUUUGGGCAAAAAACGAAGCCCCUGGGGAGAUCACUGCCAUUUUUACAUACUCAAACUUUUUAAAGAAAUACAACCAACCAACCACCAACUUCUUCCACAUUUGGGACUCGAGCCAGAGUUUAAAAGGGAACCAACAAAACUCACCGAGAGGGCCAGCAAACCGCACAGCCACGCUGGGACAGGGCGUGGUGUACAUAACUGUAAGAUACCAGGCACACACUCUCCAUUACCGGAACCCUCCCUUGUGCGGCCAUGCUGCACAGCCUAGUCAAGGAGCCGACACGUCCCCCUCUCCCCAGGUAUCUGGUCAGCUGUGGACUCUGUGGCCCUCAUCUGAACCUGUGUCAAGAUCUCGGGGCUUCUCCCUCUUUCUGUCCCCUCCCCCCAACCCUCUUACCUCCUCUGUCUCUAUUUUUCAGUCUUGGAACCCUUCCCUCUCUCCGGGUCCCACUUUAAAAACUGCUCUUUUAGGACAGGAUGCGGCUCCGAUCUGCUGUGGCACAGGGCCUCGUGUCUCUGUCUGGUCUGCUGUGAAGCACACAUGCUCUAUUUAUUGUAGAAAGUGACUUUAUUUGCCUUCUAGAAUUGUUUAUAACAGAUGGUUAUAAGAGAGGUAAUAAACAGAAAAACCUAUGCCUGUAAAGAAUACAAGAGUUAAUUUUACCUACCAUAAUAUGACGUCUUAUUUUUCUCUCUGAGAAAUAAAUGUUCUAUG